UUUUUGCGUCGGAAUGUUUUCUCUUCAUGUCUGCAGGCACACUAUGUGCAUGCCAUGCCCGUGGAGGCCAGGAAGCAUCUGAAACAGGAGCUAUUGAGCAGCCAUGCAGGGGUUUUGGGAACCAAACCCUAGGCCUCCGCAAAAGCCAGCAAGUGCCUUUAACCUUUAACCUGUGAACCACCUAUUUAGCUGCCCUGCCCCCAUCAACUGAAACACACCUGUAGUAUACUUGACAUCCAUGUGUUAUCUCUGAACGAGGCUCUACAGGUGUUGCGGUGGCCUAAAUAGACACAGCCUUCAGGUUUCAGCCCAGGGUGUGCAGAUGUGUAAAUAAAACAGGCAACUGAUAGAAGCACGGUCCUGGGAAAUCAGCCACAGGGUGACGCAUGCGCCACGGCGCAGAUCUAAAAUGGAAAGGGCUUUUGAGAUCUUGUUUCCCCGCAGUGAAAGCAUACUUGGAGGUCUGAGCAUCAGUGGAAACAGUUCUGAAACUGACAUCCUUAGAUCUUCAGAGAUGACAGAUUUGCUGUAACAAAUUCAGUUGCCCAGUGUAGCGUGUCAUCGGUUGUUGACCGCUGCGGGGUCCCCAGUAAGAGGAGACGCAUCCCACGAAAGAUUGGACCUAGUCAAAAGCGAGAAGGGUGUGGUCCCAAGAGUAAGAGGAGAGCCACUUGCUGUUUGAUGGGCACUGAGGAUCAAGUGUGAGACCAAAGCCCUGGAGAUGGAGGGUCAGGGUCACCUGCUCUGAAGGACGAAAACACCCAGUAAAGCCGGAUUGGCCAGCUGCUGGUCUGGUCCGAACCUGCCCCCGCGCUCCCUCUCCGGGUUUCCCCGUGGCCACUUGGGAGCGCGACAGCUGCUGGGUCCACUGAAGACCCAGGGCCCCGGACUGCGAGGCUGGUGUGGAUGGACGCCCGGGCGCCGGAAGUCCCCAGCGGGGACCUGCUGCAGAGCGCGGCAGAAAAUCUACUUCGGGAGCUUGAAGAGCAUUUCCGAGCUCUGACUGCAACACUGAACCUCAAAAUGGAAGAAAUGGGAAAUCGCAUCGAGGACUUACAGAAAAAUGUGGAUGACCUAAUGGUUCAAGCUGGAAUUGAGAACUCUAUCAAAGAACAAACGAAUCACACAUUUGGCUUCAACUAGAGUCCAGGACCAUGAUCCACUGGUUUAACAGAGUUCCUCUGCGUCAAACAUUUACUCUCAGGGUAGCACUCUACAUCCUCAACCCACAUCUCCUCCCACCCACACCCACAGCAGCCCCGCCAGGUUCUGUGGCUUACUGUCUGUACAUUUGUGCUACAAGUACACUUUACACACGCCCGUGUGGGUUAGACGGGCUUCAGUUAUAGCUCUGCAAAGAUUCUGUAAGUCUGUCCAGUCCUAAGAGUAACACCUGGUAGGAGUUCAGUGUGCACACUGGACAUAAACUGACGACUUCUGACAUUUGUUCUGGAAUGUUGGGUCCCAGAAGAAAGGAAAUUUGUCAUCUUUUCUAAGUACACUCUGUCCUGCUGACCCCAAGUAUGCCAACUACCUCCUAGCUACACACCAACGUUGUUCCCUGAAACCUUCUUCCACGCCAUCACUGCAUCUCUAAGAUGGCCCUCCUGCCCCACCUGAAGUGAGGAAAGGGAACUUUGGUUGCACGGUGGGAACGACUGUCCCACGGCUGUGAGAAGCAGAACUUGUCAGGGAUGAACUUGUAUAUUUAGCAGAAGAGACUUUCAAACAAGGACCUGCCGCCUGCUUUCUCACUGUCAGUAAAGGGCGCGGAGAUGAACCCACUCAAGACUGUUAAUGAGAAGAUUAAAUUCCCAGCCUCUCCAGACAAUGAGAUGCUGAAGGCCUGGAAUGAACACAGGUUAGCAUACUCAGACACAGGACUUAGCGGUAGGUAUGUCUCCCAAGGGUGGGUGGCUCCCCUACCUCUAGGAGGCAUCGAAAGUGGGAACAUCAUUUCCUCCUGCUCAUCAGAAGUCACCCAGUAACUUACACCCUCAAAGUGUGAAGGACAGAGAAUUGUGGAUAGAAGAGAAUGGCUUCAUUGUGGCUCCAAGACAGGUCGACCUGUUCAAACACCAGUCAUGAAGGGGACUUGGUCUGAUCCUUUCUCAGAGGGAGCACACAGCUAGGAAGGUGAUGCCAAGUCAUACUAGCUAAACAGUUUGGCCCUACUGGGUGUGUGUUCAGGGUGUGGGUGGGGAAGAGGAUCCCUGUUUCUCCCCAGUCCCUCUGAUUCAGAACUGCUGGAGCUGUCACUUAAGUCUCAGCUUCAAAGGUAACAGGAGUUAUGCCUGGAGCUGUGGGGGUCACUCUGCAGACCUCAGGCCAUGCUGACUUGGAUGAUCUGUACAAUGAGGACUUUGAAUUGCUGAUCCUUAGAUACCUUGUAGAGGGUCCUGCUUUGUUUAUGGGAAGGAUAAUCUCAAGGAGUAAUAGACAAAAUCCUAAAAAAAAAAAUUCCUCCUGUGACCCCGUGACUGCAGCUGUGACACUGUACAGAACAUUCCAGACAGGAUUCAAGCUCUCAGCGGCUGGCUUUAAAAAGGAGCUUACCCUGCAUUACCGAGUCCCACACAGUGAGCCUAACCUCCUCCCUCUGAGAGAACUGGGGGUCAGAGGAUUGUGUAACCAGGACCCAGAGAGACAGAAAAUGGAUGCUGCCCUAUUCAGGUAGAAGAGCCCUGAGGAGCAGAGUGGCUCCCACCAACAGCAGCAAGAAGAGAAGCCUCAGACAGCCGGAAGGAACUCCCAAAAUUACACAGCCCACAGGUCACACCUGUGAGACCCUGCCAGGGAGUCAGCUGGCAGUGCUUACCGUCCCUCCAGAGCUGAGUUCAUAAAUGAGAGACAGUUUACAUGGCUAAGUCUGUGUAUAAGAUGAAACACAUAACCCUGCUUAUCAAUCUGCUUUUGAAGUUCUAUGCCUAUAUACCAACUUCUUCAGUAAUUAUAGGAAAAACUUUUGAUGAGCAGUGCCAGUGUCAAAUAGAGGAUGUCUUUCCCAAUCUCUUUCUGACAUAAUCUUGACUUAAGUCCAGGUUUUCUUGUUGGGUUUUAUCAAAGGAUACCAAAUAAAGUCAAUGACAAUAUUUAACA